UGAUGGUGCUAGGGAGGAUUCACUCAUCUUGCGGCUCCUGGUGGAGGUGGUACUCGUUGACCAGUUAGGCGUGUGAUCCAAGAUUUACCCUGCACUGGUGUAGUCUCGCACAGUAACUUGUUGAGUUACUCCAUCUUCCCUGAGUCGCUGGAUGAACCACUGGUGGGUGCAGGACCACCUGUAUUACUACCUCAGCCAGAGGAGUGAACCAGUAGUCAUCUACCUCAUCUCUACGCCCAUCUUGUAACGUCAUAUUUCCCUUGUUGCUGGCACCAUGGCGUACGUGGAUGAGUUGGUGGAUCGCUUCACCUGGAUUGAUUACAUGGUGUUCAACUGCAUGCUGUUGGUGUCGGCCGUCAUCGGCAUUUUUUAUGGCUGCUUCAGUAAGAAACAGGAUACCAAGGAGUUCUUAAUGGCUGGCAAGUCCAUGACUGCCUUCCCAGUAGCCAUGUCUCUAAUCGCCAGCUUCAUGUCGGCCAUCACGCUGUUGGGGAUGCCGUCGGAAGUGUACCAGUUCGGGUUCCUCUACUGGCUCAUCGGGUUCUCUUAUAUACUUAUGACGCCCUCUGCUGCCUACCUCUACUUCCCGGUCUUUUACAAGCUCCAGGUCACCUCCGCCUACGAGUACCUGGAGAGGAGGUUCCACAGGUCGGUACGUUGGCUCGGCUCCUUCGUGUUUAUUAUCCAGAUGACGCUGUACAUGGCCAUCGUGGUGUACGCCCCAGCCCUCGCACUAGAACAGGUCACCGGCCUUAACGUCUACAUCUCCGUCUCCCUCAUCUGCUUCGUCUGCAUCUUCUACACUACACUCGGCGGCAUGAAGGCGGUGCUCUGGACCGAUGCUCUCCAGACGCUCAUCAUGUAUGGGAGUAUGAUGUUCGUCAUCAUCAAGGGCGCCAUCGACAUUGGCGGCUUCGAUGUUGUGUGGCAGAGAAAUGCAGACAGCGGCCGAGCUCAGCUGAUUGACUUCGACCCUGACCCGACCACCCGCCACACCUUCUGGACCCUUGUCAUCGGAGGUUAUUUCACCUGGAUCACCAUCUACGGUGUUAACCAGGCACAGAUUCAGCGAUACCUCAGCGUUCAGACUAAACAGAUGGCCGUCAAUGCGCUGUGGAUCAACUUUGUGGGACUGUUUAUACUGAUGCUCACCUGCUGCUUCGGUGGGAUGGUUGUGUACGCCAAUUACCACGACUGUGACCCCAUCCGCUCAGGUGUGGUUGACAAGGGAGACCAGCUGUUCCCGCUCUUCGUUAUGGAUACCCUUGGCCAAUGGAGAGGUCUCCCAGGACUCUUCGUUGCUGGUGUAUUUUCCGGGGCUUUAAGCACCGUGUCUUCCGGAAUGAACUCCUUAGCGGCCAUCGUGUUGGAGGACUUUAUCAAGGCCGGCUGUUAUCCCAACAUCUCUGAAAACGCUGCCACCUGGACUUCCAGAGCACUCUCACUCUUCUUCGGUCUGCUCACUUUUGCACUCGUCUUCGUAGCAGAACAACUCGGCAACAUUUUAAAUGCGGCGCUCAGCAUCUUUGGUAUGGUCGGAGGGCCUCUGCUGGGAGUCUUCACCCUCGGCAUGUUCUUCCCCUGGGCCAACUCCACCGGAGCCUUCGUUGGUGAGGUGGUCAGCUUGGUCUUCAUGUUCUGGAUCGGAAUCGGUCAUCAGGUGGCCAAAGCUUCGGGUCAGAUACACUUGCCUUCCCUGCCCACGAGUAUUGAUGGGUGCAACUUCACCAUCGCUGAACCGUCCUUCACCCCUCUUAUUGAGAGUGAUCCUGGUGAGCCUCUGGCCAUAUACCGCCUGUCAUACAUGUGGUAUUCUGCCACGGGCUGCUUCACCGUGAUCGUGGUGGGUAUGCUGGUGACGCUGGUGACUGGCAAGCAAGACGUAAGGGCCCUCGACCCUCGUUGCCUCUCUCCUGCUGUCUUGUGGCUCAAGAACUGGAUACCAGGACUGGACGGUCUUGGAGAAGACUAUGAAAAUGAGGAAGAGGGACUGAAAGAAAACAAGAGCUCUAGUUCCCUUGGCACCACCAACUUUGCUUUUAAGACAGUAUUAUCUACAAAAUCACUCAUUGGACAUUCCUCUGAUAGUUCAAAGGUGUAAGACAUGACUCACUAUUAGCUGCCAAGGAUCAAGUAUCAACACAAUACAUAUCAAACAAUUUAUGAAACAGCCUUAAAUAUUUGAGAUGUAAGUGAGUAUGGCUUACAGUUUAUGUAGGCAGUAGAAUAAUUUAAUGACACUGCCUGUGAAGUGGACUGCUGUAGUAAGGUACACAGUUGAUUGUUUCGUUGUAAGAAACCCACAUGAAAAUAUAUUUAUUGCUUCAUUAUCUGACAUGAAAACCGUACAUCAAUACACAGUGCACAGAUUUGUAAUUUGAUUAUUUAUAACUAAUUAAACCCUGAUAGAUUGUUGCACACGUGAACAAAAUCCAAUUUGAUCACGACACGUUGCCUGUUAAGAUUCUUGAACAGUAUAACCUAUAUUGCUGGGUAGUAAGGUAAUAAGUUAAUUUUUAUUAGACUUUAAUAUUUCCGGUAUUUAUCACUUUCUUUAUAAGUACUGUACAACAAAGCUUUUAUUUAAACUAUACACAUAGCUAGUAAGACGUUUGCGGUAAAUGUUCUAUGUAUUUUUAUGAUGAAAGUCUUUAGCAUAUACGUCACACUCUUGUCUUGCAAAACAGUUUAGUGUGUUAUCACUGUAUUUGAUGUCAGUUAAUAUUGCAGAGAACAUUAUUUUACCAUAUGUAGUUAUUGAAGUUAUUGUUGAUCUACCUAAACUUAUUUAUUCUAUCCAUAUUUAUUAACAAUAGAUAAUAGUUGAUGUUAAAAAGUAAUGACAUUAUUAUAUCUUUUUGUUAUCAUUAUAUAAUCUAUAUAUUUUAGAAUUACAUAAUGUAUUUGAAAAUCAUAGGUACUAUUUUUGCUGUAAGCAAAACUUCUAUGGGAGAUAAGUAUGAAUUUUAUCCUAAUUUAAUUCUCAUGUUUCUAAGAAUUGUACAAAACAGCUUGGUAAGACAACGUCAUUCUUUUGUUGAACAAUUGGAUUGCUAAAAGCACUCGUAAUUUUUUUUAGAAUUUUCCAUUAGAGUAUCGUAACCUUUCUGGCACCCAUGGAAGGCGCAGUUGGUCCGAAUAUUUAAUGAAUAAAACUGAAAAUUAAAAUCUGGCAGCGGAAACAAAACCCUGGUAUGCAAUGUGGUGACGUUUUCUUGGCUAAGACAACCACGUGUGUACCCAUUUCACUGAUGUAUUCGGAAACAUUUUAACUCCUGAGUGAAAUACGUGCAUUAUAUAUACAGUAUAUAUUAGUGUGACAGUAGGUAUUUGAUGAUGAACGCUAUUGUCGUCUUUAUUAACACACUCAUCAUUCUGUCACUUUAUGUAACUUGCUGACAAAACCCAUGACCCUUCAGGCUUCCACGCCCUUAAU